AUGGCAACAAAGAAGAAAAAGAGCAAUAAGAAGAAUGAUUGGUCGGAAGAUCUGGAUACCAAAAUAGCAGAAUUGAAACUCUCAUCUGGUUCUGAGACUGGUGACGACGAUGGGAGUGAGGACGAAACAAUGGUACCUGCUUAUGGAAAAGGGAAAAGUGGAGCAUUCAAUGUGCUUGCUGAACGUGGUUCUGAGGACGAUGAUACGGAGAAGGAAGAAAAUGUUAGUGAAGAUUCUGAUAAGGCAGACGAGAUUGAAGAAAACAAACAAGAAAGAAGGAAGAUGAAUGAAAAGAAUAAACCCAAUGAGGCAAAAGGGUUUUCUAAGCAACAAACAACAAUAAAGUUAAAGGAAGAGGGAAAAGGAAAGGGGAAAAAAGGCAAAAAGUGUUUGAAAGAAGAUGAGGAUUUGGAUGCUUUGCUUGCGGAUCUCGAGAAACCAAGGGAAAAAGUAUCGAAAGAAAAGAAGAAAAAAGGGGCAGCUUCUGUUGAUGCUGAUAAAGCUGAAGAAAUAGCUUCUGUAACAGUUGAUGCCGGAGAUGUUAUGGCCAAGAAAAAAGAUAGAAAGAAAAAGAAAAAAAGUACAGCAGAAAAGGAAAAACCAGCAGAGUUUGAAUCACUUAUUGAAGGAGAUGCUGUUUCAAUGGAAAAUCAAAAAGCAAGUGAUACAACAGAAAAAAAGAAGAAAAAGAAAGGUGAUGCAAGAAAGGAUGGAGACAAGAAGGAAACAAAAAAGAAGAAACAUGUCGAUUUUAUCAAAGAAAUAUUGCGUAGAAAGCAAGAGGAAGAGGAAAGGAUACUAAAGGAGCAGAAGGAAGAGGAGGAGAGGUUGAUUGCACAACAAAAAGCGAAGGAAGAAGAAGAACGAUUGGCCAAGGAGAAGAGAGAACGUGAAAAACAGAAGAAAAAAGAACGUGAUGAAAAGUUGAAGGCAGAGGGAAAGUAUCUUACACCAGCACAGAAAGAAAAGCUGAGGAGACAACAAGCAUUGUUAGCUAAUUCAAACAUCAUAAUUCCAAGUGCGCUAAGGCGAGAAAAUGAAGAGGCGCCGGUGAAACGUCCUGUGUAUGGCAAGAAAAAACCGAAAAAAGAGUUGAAACAAGACAACAGAGAACUGGCUCCAGAAAGUGUUCAGUCUUUACCAACUGCAGAGGUAAAAACUCCAGAAUAUCUUGAGACGGUAAAGCCACAAGAUGAAGAAAUACUUAGUUCGUGGGAUGCGGCGGAUGACGUUAUUGACAACUGGGAAAAUAUGCAUGGGGAGGAAGAAGUGGCAUCAUGUGUUGUAAGGCAAGCAACUACUCCUGCAAAAGAUGAGAUCCUUUCGUUGGAUUUUGGGUCAGAACAAUACGUUGAAGAAGCAGGAAGCUCCGAUUCUUCAGAAGAAUUCGAUGAAGAAGACGAGGAAGAAACCAGUGAUGAUGAGCACGAAAGUCGAGAGAGCAAAGAACAAUUGAAAGAAAAAGUUCGAGCACGUUUGAAGAAACGACGUGAGCAAGCUGAAGCUAAACGUUCAAUAAACAACUUACGAUCACCAGUCAUCUGUGUGCUUGGACAUGUCGAUACAGGAAAAACGAAGAUGUUGGAUACGAUACGACGCACAAAUGUACAAGAUGGAGAAGCUGGCGGAAUAACACAGCAAAUCGGUGCUACACAAGUGCCGGCUGCUGCAAUUAUGGAACGCACGAAAAUGGUUCGAGAUUUUAAUGGCAGUGAAAUGAAAAUUCCUGGACUCUUAAUAAUUGACACUCCGGGUCACGAAAGUUUUUCGAAUUUACGAUCUCGUGGUUCUUCAUUAUGUGAUUAUGCAAUUUUGGUUGUCGACCUGAUGCAUGGGCUUGAACAGCAGACACUCGAAUCGCUUAAUUUGCUGAGGAAGAGGCAAACUCCAUUUGUAAUAGCACUGAAUAAAAUCGAUCGUUUAUACGAUUACGAAUCAAAUCCACGAAAAGAUAUCUACCAGCAUUUGAAAUCACAACCACUCAAUACCCAGCUGCAGUUCAAAGAACUUAAAGAUAAAGUUGUGUUACAGUUCGCUGAACAGGGAGUAAACGUUGUUAUGGCGAACGAAAAUCCAGAUUUAAACGAAUAUAUUAGUAUGGUCCCAACUUCUGCAUUUCUUGGAGAUGGUAUUGGUAAUAUUAUGGCGCAUAUUAUUAAUGAUUCUCAGAAUAGACUAGCUGAGAAGUUAGCAUAUUUCGAAGAGCUUGACUGUACCGUUAUGGAGGUUAAGUCUCUUCCUGGAUUAGGAACUACAAUAGAUGUUAUACUAGUUAAUGGUUUGUUAAAAGUAGGCGAUAUUAUUGUUCUUACGGGUACUGAUGGGGCUAUUAUCACUCAGAUUCGUGAGCUGUUGAUGCCUCAGCCUUUGAAAGAAUUGAGAGUCAAGAAUGCAUAUGAACAUUAUCAAAUGAUAAAAGGUGCACAAGGAGUUAAAGUGCUUGCAAAGAAUUUGGAAAAAGCACUCGCUGGCUUGCCAUUGUUUGUUGCAAAUCGGGAAGAUGAACUUUUCGUACUCAAAGAAGACUGUGAAGCGCAGUUAUCAAAAGCUCUUAUGGCUAUCAAGAAGAAACCUGAAGGUGUAUACGUUCACGCUAGUACACUAGGCUCAUUAGAAGCUUUAUUGGAGUUCCUGAGGACGCAAAAAAUACCAUAUUCAAACGUGAAUAUCGGACCAGUUCAUAAAAAAGACGUGCAGAAAGCAGCAGCAAUGCUGGAAAGAAAAGAAGAGUAUGCUUGCAUACUUGCAUUUGAUGUUCGUGUUGAUCGUGAAGUUGAACAGUUUGCAGCUAGUGAAGGUGUUCGCAUUUUCUCCGCUGACAUUAUUUAUCAUCUGGAGGAUAGUUUCUUGAAAUACAGAGAAGAGUUGAGACUUAAACGCCGACGACAGAAUGAACAUUUAGCAAUUUUUCCAUGCAAAUUGAGAAUUCUUCCGCAACACAUAUUUAAUGCCCGUAAUCCCAUUAUAAUUGGUGUAUCUGUUGAAGCUGGACAACUCAAACGGGGUGUUCCGUUGUGUGUUCCCUCUAAAGACUCUAUCUUCAUCGGCACCGUGUCAAGUAUUGAGAAGAAUCAUGAACAGGUAGAAAUAGCUCGUGCAGGGGAAGAAGUUUGCAUAAAAAUAGAAAAUACCACUGGCGAAGCACCAAAACUUUAUGGAAGGCAUUUUACGCAUCAAGAUACAUUAGUCAGUCGGAUAACACGUGAGACAAUAGAUGUUUGCAAAACACAUUUCCGAAAUGAUUUAUCAAAGACAGAUUGGCAGUUAGUGGUUCAUCUGAAGAAAAUUCUUGAUAUAAUGUGA